AUGGCUAGUCCUGCAGUUCUAGCUUUCGAUGCAGAGGGCCGCCCGCAGCGUUUUGACACCUGGAUCGAUGACCUCCACCUGUUCCUCCAGCUCACUGCUAAGGAGGAUAUUUCGCUAUAUGACCAUGCGUUAGGACUCGUUCCUGCCCCUGCUGCGACUGCUGACAGUACUGCCCGCUCACAGUGGCAGACUCGUGACGCCCACUCUCGCUUCGCCAUUCGCAACUCCCUGCCAGUAGAUGAACGCGAGCACUUUGGCCAGCACAAGACUACUCAGGCACUGUACACUGCUGUAGUUGCGCGCUACUCCUCGCCUGCCUCUGCUGCGCUAGGCCGUCUCUCAUUGCCCUAUAUGUUCCCAGACCUGUCCGCUUUCUCCACAGUAGCUGACCUCAUUACUCACCUCCGCACUAGUGAGAUCCGCUUCCGAGCUACCAUGCCCGCUGAGUUUCUUGCCAAGAACCCCCCCCCCCUGUGGCUCACUCUUUACCACCUGGUCACCCGUCUCCCUGACACCCUUCGUGCGGUCAAGGACCACUUCCUUGCUCUCUGCCCCACCGAGCUCACCAUUGACCUGCUUGAGAAGCACCUGCUGGCAGCCGAGACUAGCAUAGUCGCUGUCGGUGCGUCUCGCGGCGACCCCCGCACCCCUUUCUUCGAGGGGUGUUCCCCCUCCCCUCUCCUCCCCUCUGUCGCCUCUGCUGCUGCUGUCGACCUUCUUGGUGCUGAGAAGGUCGGGACUACGUCCACUGCUAGUGGGGGGCGCCGCAGCGGCAAGGGCAAAGGGGGCAAGGGGGGCGGCGGUGACGACGGGGGAGGCGGUGGUGGGGGCGGUGGCGGCGGUGGGGGUGGUGGCGGGGCUGGAGGGGCCAGUGGCAGCGGCGGGGGUGGUGGCGGCAACGGCGGGGGUGGUGGCGGCAGCGGUGGAGGAGGUGGCCGGGGUUGGAGCGGUGGUAGUGGCGGCAGUGGAUGCGGUGGCGGUGGUGGCGGUGGUGGUCGAGGUGGCGGCGGCGGCGGUGGAGGUCGCGGAGGCUCUGGCGGUGGCCAGCGCCAGCAGCACACCCUGUCGCCCCAGGAGCUUCGUGACCGCACUGGUCAGACGUGUGGGAGGGCGCACACGCAGCAACGCUGCUUCUCCCGCCUCGACGACGCCUGGCGCACUCAGUUUCCUGCUGCUACUGAGCUGCCCCGCUGGUUUGAUCUGAUCAAGAAGAACAUUGAUGUCUAUGCUCUUGACUUUGAUGCUAUUCUUGGUGCCAUGUAUGUGUUGUCUGCUAGUGGAGAGGCUGACUGUUACCUGCGUGUCCCGCCCGACCCGGGCAUUAGGACCAGUGAGGCUGCCGCACUAGGUGCUAGUGUGUCUGCUACCCCAGGUGCUGGUGAGCUUUCCGCUCUAGGUGCUAGUGCGUCUGUUGCCCCAGGUGCUGGUGAGGCUGCUGCUCUAGGUGCUCGUGAGUCUGCGCCCGCUGGUACUGCGUCUACUGAGGCACUCCACACCUUCACACUGGACUCAGGUGCUUCCCGCUGUUUCUUUCGUGACCGCACUCCCCUCGAGCAGCUUGCUCGGCCAGUUGCAGUCUCCCUCGCUGACCCCUCUGGGGGUCCAGUCAUUGCGACCUCCUCCACUGUCCUCCCUUGUCCUGCGGUUCCGUCGGGCACACUGUCAGGUCUCUACCUCCCCUCGUUCUCUACGAACUUGGUGGCGGGUCGUGCGCUCCAGGACGGGGGUGUCCACCAGUUCACCCCUGCCUACGAGCGCGUGACAUACUGCACGUGUGCUCGGACGGGUCGCCACCUGGCUACCUUCACUCGGCAGCCGGGGUCGGACCUGUACACACUGACCACUGAGUCCCCUCAGGUAGCUGCGUCUGCGUCAGGUCAGCUGUCGGCCCCCUGCUCGUGUCGCUCCCUGGCGCACGAGACCGUCCUCUGGCACCACCGCCUUGGUCACCCGUCAGUGCAGCGCCUCCGUGGCAUGCACAAACGGUACCUUGUCUCUGGUCUUCCCAGGGUUCUCCCUCCCCUCCCACCCUCGCCUGCUCCUCCCUGUCUUCCCUGUGUCGAGGGGCGGCAGCGCGCCGCUCCUCACUCCUCCUCGUUUCCCCCGACGACUGCUCCCCUGCAAACGCUCCACAUGGACGUGUGGGGCCCAGCCCGCGUCCGUGGACAAGGUCACGAGAGGUACUUCUUGAUAGUUGUUGACGACUACUCGCGCUACACCACGGUCUUCCCCUUGCGCACCAAGGGUGAAGUCCCUGAUGUUUUGAUCCCUUGGAUCCGCGCUGCCCGUCUCCAGCUCAGCGAGAGGUUCCACUUGGACUUUCCUAUCCUGCGUCGGCACUCUGACAGAGGUGGGGAGUUUUCCUCCGACCUCUUGAGGGCCUUCUGUCAGGGGGAGGGCAUUGAGCAGUCGUUCACGCUUCUGGCCUCUCCACAGCAAAAUGGGGUUGCUGAGCACCGCAUUGGCUUGGUCAUGGAGGUUGCUCGUACCUCCUUGAUCCAUGCGGCUGCCCCCCACUUUCUGUGGCCGUUUGCGGUCCGAUACGCUGCGCAUCAGCUCAACCUCUGGCCCCGUGUCUCCGUUCCGGAGACUUCGCCGACACUGCGUUGGACGGGAGAGGUUGGCGAUGCGUCGGUGUUCUGGGUCUGGGGAUCUCGUGCUAUUGUCCGCGAUACGUCCGCGGACAAGCUCUCCUCCCGCGCCGUUCCUUGUGUCUUCCUUGGCUUUGUCCCGGACGCGUCUGGUUGGCAGUUUUACCACGCCACCUCGCGCCGUGUUCUGCCCUCUCAGGACGUCACUUUCGACGAGUCCGUCCCCUACUACCGCCUCUUCCCCUACCGAACUGCCCCGCUCCCCCCCCCGCCUCUAUUCCUCGCACCAGGUGCUGCUGUGGUAGACCCCCUCCCCCCUCAGGGUGCCGCUCCCUCAGGUGUGUCCCAAGUAGACCCGGUUGAGCCUGUCAAGGUAGCUGUCGACUCUCGUCCUGCUAGGGGUACUGAGCCUGAGCGUGCGGAGCCUGGGGGUGCGGAGCCUGGGGGUGCGGAGCCUGGGGGUGCUGAGCCUGAGCGUGAGGAGCCUGGGGGUGUUGAGCCUGCGGGUACGGAGUCUGGGGGUGCUGAGCCUGAGGGUGCUGAGUCUGGGGGUGCUGAGCCUGAGAGUGCUACGUCUGAGGGUACUGAGCCUGGAGGUGCUGCGACUGACCGUGCUACGCCUGGAGGCGCUCCCUCUUCACAGCAGCUGCGGGAGUGGUACUCGCAGUACUGCAGCCUCAGGAGGGGCGCUUCUGGGACUAGGGGUGCUGCUGGAGCUGGUGCUCGUGGUUCCCCGCCUAGGCGGGAGCCGCCCUCUCCCCAGCGGCUCCGAGAGUGGUACGCUCGGCGCUGCAGUCUCCGGAGUGGCGCUACUGGUGUCGCGGACCCUGGAGCUGGAGCUGGUGCUGGUGCUGGUGCUGCUGGCGCAGGUGCUGCUGGAGGUGCUGCUGGUGCUGGAGCUGCUGGAGACGCUGCUGGUGCUGGAGGUGCUGCUGGUGCUGGAGCUGCUGGAGGUGCUGCUGGUGCUGCUGGAGGUACUGGAGCUGCUGGGACUGGAGCGGCUGCGGGAGUCGGAGCUGGAGGGUGCUCGUGCUGUCUCUGCUGGCUCAGGAGGUGCUGA